UGUGUAGUCGGUGAUUCAUGGUCAGAGAAAUCUUUUUUUUUCCUCUUUCGUGUGGAAUUUAGACGCCAUCAUUUGUUGAGAGGCUUGUAUAAUAUUGGUAUUUAGUGCAUAAUAUUCAUCAGGUUUUGAUCUUGUUUUAAUUUUUGCCUUACUAUAACAUGGGUAGAAAGAAGAAGAAGCAGUCGAAACCUUGGUGUUGGUACUGUAAUCGUGAAUUUGAUGAUGAAAAGAUCCUGAUUCAGCAUCAGAAAGCUAAGCACUUUAAAUGUCAUAUAUGUCAUAAGAAGUUAUAUACAGGUCCUGGCUUAUCAAUACAUUGUAUGCAAGUACACAAGGAAACAAUUGACAAGGUUCCUAAUUCACUACCAAAUCGUUCCAACAUUGAGAUAGAGAUAUAUGGAAUGGAAGGAAUCCCACCAGAAGAUAUCAAGGAACAUGAGCGCCAGAAGCAAGGAAAGCAAAUGCAAGGUGGCAGACCAGGCUCCCCUAGCAGUGGUGAAGAUGAACCUGCUCCAAAAAAGACUAAGCCAGAAGGGUUGCUUGGUAAUGGCCCUGGUCCCCUACCAGGACCUGGAGGUAUGAUGCAAGGAAUGAUGCCUCCACAGGGCCCUAUGCAUCAUCAUUCUAUGGCCCCCAUGGGUCAGUUUGGUCCUCCUAUGGGUCAUCCUAUGAUGGGCCCUAUGGGACCUCCCAUGGGACCACCAUUCAUGGGACCUGGAAUGUCUAUGAUGGGUCCCAUGGGGAACAUGGGUGGCCCUCCACAAAUGAACAUGGGUAUGAAUCCUGGCAACAACCAACCCCAGCAGAAUAAACCAUUGUUCCCUAGUACAGCAACGGCUGCUACCACAACAGCUUCUGCUCCAGUAGGUGCUGAUUUCAAACCGAUCACUUCAACCGUCAGUACACCGAUUGGACCAGUGAAACCUACGUUUCCUGCAUAUAGUGCUACAAGCUCUUUAAGUAGCCAGAGUUCAACACCAGUAACUUCCAGCAGUGAUAUACCUCAGAAGGUGGCACUUAUAAAUACAACAGGCGCAUCAAGUAAAAUUGUUCAUCCUCAGGAGGACAUCUCUUUGGAGGAAGUACGUGCCAAGCUACCAAAAUACCAACGCCAGACACCAGUGAAGACUGUUGAUUCCUCCACUUCAACUCCCCAACCUCAGGUGGAAGAAGAGCGACGUGCUGUAAUGCCCCGCUAUCAACCCCGGCCUCCUAUGGCUGUGGCUGCAGUACCAGUUUCUGUGGCUGCAAUUGCCCCACCUGUAAGCAGUGUGGCCAUCAUGUCACCUAUGGCUGGUCCUCCUAUCAUGAGGCAUGCCAUGCAUUUGGGCCCCCCAGCUGCCAUGCUAGGAGGUAACAUGAACAUGAUGCGACCGCCCCCAAUGGGGCUUCCUCCAGGUUUAAUUGGAGCACUGCCACCAGGUGCCAUGCAUCCUUAUGCUGCCCCGCCUAUGGCAUUUCCUGGGCCCCCCAUGCUCACGCCUAUGAUGCACCCACGCUUCAGAUGAUCAGGUUUGUUGGGGGGGCUCUGGCUACUGUGGUGUGGAAGCCCCUAGAUUGGCAUCCCCUUCCCACUGCACUACAUAUACUCACGGUCAAUCGCCCUGCAUCUUCCUUCUAGCUGACUUCUUCAGUGUUUCCACAGAUGUGGUCUGCCACUGUAAGAAAUUAUGUGUUACUUUUUUUUUAAGUUCCUUUCUCAACAUUUUUAAGCAUGGAUAUCGUCGAUUUGUUCCUGGACCUGCUUGGAUUGGGAUCUGAUGUGGCUAGAUUGUACUUGGUUUUUACUUUUCUGCAGAAAUUAAAGUUAUAUUUCAACAUAGUUUCAUUGAAGUGUGUGUGGGAAUAAGGAAAAAGAACCAGCAACUUUCCCCUAUACAGAGCAAAUUAUAAUUAUGAGUACACAUCGCUCUCCUCAGCUGAUUUCUUGAAUGUGAUUUCAGUAUAGUUUAAUAUAAAGCUUUCGAGAAUAUUGCAAUAUGAACAAUGUGGUUCAACCAUUUCAUAGUGUCUCGUGAAAAAAAUGUAUGUAUAUAGACUAGGUGUUUCAAUAUAUUCCCACGAGCUAUUUCCAAAUCAGACUGUUAUGCCAUAGUGUGAACUUCUAAAACUGCCAGCAUAAUUAUGUAUGCAUAUCAAGAAUAAAGUGUAAGUGUACAAGUUGCCCAUAUUUCAUUCAGAUUAUAGUAGGAUUCAAACAUUACAGCUUAGUGAUUGAUUUCUCUCAGAGAGAGAGAGAACUUCACAGUUACAAUAUUCUGAGAUGAUCACCUUGUCCGUAGUUACAAUCAUACAUAUCAGCAGUUUGUUGUUGCAAUAUGGCAGUGCUACACAGGUCCACUAUUUUCUGCCUUUCAUUUGAAAUAAAUUAAACAGACACCUUAAACACUAAGUCUUUUGCUUAUUUUUCAAAAUAUGAUGGUGCCUUGGUUUUUCAUUUUUGAAAAAAAAAAACAGUAAAAUGUACCUGAAUUGAAAUAACCCCAGCAGAAUUGUAUUUUCAGAAAAAAAGAAGCUGGAAUAUUUUGCUGCAGGUUCAGCAAAAUAUCUCUGGGCUCUGUUGGCUCUUACAAAUACAAAUGUGGGUUAGGCCAAUCAGCCAAGCUAUGGGGAGGGAGGGGAAGACCUCCAAGUGAUAGCUCAUAAGGAAAAAACCCAGUCCUUCCCCUCUACUUUUUCCAUCCUUUGUCUUCCCUUCCAAAUUUUCUUUGAUAAAGCUCAGGCUUAGAGAUACCUUGUGUCAAGUUUACCCAUUGACUUGAAUUGUGUUAUGGGAACAGUGAUGUCAAGGUUGCUGUACUGAAAUUCCUGCUUAGCACAUUUGAGCAUGAAAAAAGUAUCAGCAGUUGUAGUACCUGUUAGGGGUAUUCUGACAUAAGUAAAGAAUGUUGUUUGGUUAAAAUAUCCUUCAAAACUAAUGGAAUUUUUAAUUUCAAAACAUCAGGAUGCAACAGUUAUGGCUUUUUGGGUAUCUCGACAGUUACCUGGAGUGUCUUAAAGGAACUCAUGUAUGCCUUGUAAUUCACAUUUGUGUUGUAUGGAUUACACUAUAACCUAAUAAAUUCCUUAAUUAAUUCACAGCCUAAAAAAUUCCAGGACUGUUGUUAUUGCAAAUUUUCAAAUACAUUUUAACUCAUUUGUUUGUGGGUGUGUUCAUGCAUGCAUGCACACAGUAGUCAGUAUUCUCCCACUUAUGACACAUUCAGUACACAAUUUUGUUUAUGUGAGUUUUCAGGUUUUUCACACUAGUUACCAUUAUGAUUUGGUCUCAUACCUCAUUAAUUUUAUCAAGAUCUUGUUUUACAGUUCAGAAAGUAGAGAAAUCUUAUUGGUCAUAGCCACAGAUUAACAGAUCACACUAUUUAAUUUGGCCUAUAACGGAAUAAAUACACCCAUCAAGCAUAAAAUAAACUCUUUCAAUCUAGAACCCAAAAUAGUUAAAAUGGAAACUUUUUUUUUUGGGUCUGUAUUAAUUUAUGAGAAUCUGUUACAUUCAAUUAACAGAUAAUUGGGCCACUUUUAUUUACCAUUUCAGUACAUAGGGUGAUUUGCUGGUUCUUUUUUCCAGAUAUAUAUUUUUAUCAUUUUAACUUAUUUGCUUCAUGAUGUGUCAGUUUGUAAGACACACAGUUUUCCAUCUGCCGACCUUCACAAGAUAAUGUAAGUGUUGCUCAGGAGUUGCUUGAAUUAAAACAGACUGCCAGUGCAACCAAAUAAUCAGUAAGAUGAAGUAAGGAGAUCGUUUUGUUGCAAUGAUUUCCAUUUUGCGUUAACCUUGCAAGGGGAAAGAGAUGCAGAAAUUGAAGUUAUUGAUAAUCAUAGUUAGCCUUACUGGCUAAACUGUCUUAUUAUAGUUGGUUGAUGGUAAUGAUAUGCCAUAUUUCAGGUUACACUUGGGCCAGGGAAAGAAUCAUGGGUGGUAGGAAUUAAGUCAGCUGCUUACUCCCCCACCCUACCUACAUUUCACCCCUUCCCUCCAUCAACACCAAUAAAUUAGAAUGCAAAGGGGCAAAACCUGCAAACAAAAUGGAAGAGAAUGCAAAUGACAACUGAUUGAAGUUAUGAAUCUUGAAAAAGGGUGGUAGCUGCUAGGCAGGUUGUUCAGCUUUUCCCUGACCUGAGUGUAAUGAGUAGUGCUGAUGAAAUGUAGUUUGGAAUAUGGCAGUAAAUAUGUGUGCCUAUGUUGGUUCUGAGUUUGCUCAUCAUUAUAUGUUGCAAGGCUGUCCACCACUAACAUGCAGUUGAUCACAUCUGUCUGUUGCCACAGCAAGCAUAUGCUCAGUAUAGUGUUGGUGUGUGAUGAUGAACACAGAUUUGUGUGUCUUGUGGCAAAGCUAUCGGCAUGUACCACUCAUUAUUGAGGGUCUAGUGCAUCACUUGCAUCACCCGCCUCUGUGCAGGUAAAAGACACUUUCUAUUAUAGGGUUGUCAAUCGAUGAAUCUUGUUUAGUUUGACUUUUACAAACAUACCAAAGUAAUGUACUAAUUGAUAUGUUUAAUUCCGUAACUUAUUUUAUUUUCUCUCAAAGGUUUUAUUUCUUUCCAUUUCAUGUAUUGUUUCAGAAUUCAUUAUUAUUCUUGUAUUGAUUAUACCAUUUACUAGUACCCUAUCUAUCGAUAGACAACUCUGUUCUCUAAUCUAAACUGCAGUCGUCACAUAGCAUCAUCGUAUUCUGGUAUACAACUCCAGGUUAGUGUGGCAAGCCUUACUUUAAUACAGCUUAUCUUUUAUCUAUGCACUGGCAAUAAAGGUAAGGCUUGCUGUGAAAAAUAAAAUCUGUAUGCCUUUGGAACAGAUUACAGUCGCCAUAGUGUUACAUAAUAAACAGGACUGGAAGUAAACAGGGGUUAUUUCACACUGGAUAGUUUAUAUAGAUUUACAUUAGAAUUUGAACUGUUUAGUCUGGAUGCUUCCUCUGACUUUCGUUUGCUACUUGUAGCUUCAAGACAUUUCAGUAAUGCUGCAUUGCAUAAGACAGAACACAAAAUUCUGUGACGGAUUCUUCUAAUGAAUUUUAUCAGCUUUAAAGGAGUCUCAUCGUAAUUGGAUACAGUGAUUCCAGUGGCCCCACUUAUUAAAGCACUUCUACUACCCUUCAUUUGGGAUGUUGUUCACUUCUUAUGUUACAUUAUCUCCAGCAAACUUCCAGCCCCACUACUGGUCUGAGUGGUGAAUAGGGCGAGUAAUGGAUCAGGGAAAUAUUAUGCUUGGACUAGAACUGUCAUAUGCAGAGCCCCAAGCGAGCCAGUAUAUCUUCACUGUGGAACAUCCACAGAUCCAUCUUCCAGUUUCCCCUAAACUCCCAUACCUUAGACAGGCAUUUCAGACCAUCCAUAUAAAUACUUCAUCAUGUGCCUGCCACUGUGAAUUAUGUUAUAAACAUCAGUUUCCCCUCAUUAUGUGAUGGUGAACGGCAAGGACAUGAAGCAUCUACAGUCAACCAAACCACUCAAAUAUUGUAUUUCAUUGAGAGUUUCUUCAAAUGUAGAUUUACGGGAUCUGUGUACAUAAUUCUGGUUUUCACACUGAACUUGACAUAUAUACACAUUGUUCCAUAAUGUCAUCCAUUUUGUGGUGUGACAACCAUUGUUGUCAUGUGUAUAUGAAACGGCAGUUUCCUCAUAACUUCCUCCAGCAGGGAAUUUUAUGAUUGGCCAGUGUAUGCGUUCUAGUUUGUAUUCACUUCUCCACGUUUUGCUGAAGGUUUUCACAAGUAGGUUUCAGCUGCUUUCACCUCUGAAUAAGCUAAUGAUUAGACAUCAACUUUCUUCUGGUGGACAUCCUUUCUAAUUGUUUUUUCACGUAAUUCCCAUGCCAACCUUUCAUCUGAACAUGUAUGCGUUCUAGGAAAGUAGGAUACUAUGACUUGUUUCCAGUUUUUCAGUGCUGUACUGUCAUGACUUCUGCAUCAUUACAUUUUUAUGUCUUGCUCAGGCGAUAUUUGAAAAAGGGAAAAGUUAGUCAGCUUUGUGAGGAAGGAUACUGUCAUAUGUUAGUGGUGUGAGGUAGUGAACUGUCUUGUGCCAGUGGUAUGAGAUAGGAAACUAGCUUGUAUCAGUGGUAUGAGGUGGGGAACUGCCUUGUACCAGUAGUAUGAGGUAGGUGCCAGAAGCUUGACAAAAACAGGAUUUUUCUUUGUUUGGUAUUUUGAUUUUUACAUCAACCUGAAAAAGCUCAUAGUUGACUGCUUUUGUUUAUGAAAUUUCAUAGUUCAGACAUGCAAGCAUUGCAAUAUGCUGUAGUUCUGCACUCAGAAAUGAGCUACAAGAAUGUCAUAACCUGAAACAAAGAGAAGUCUUUAUUUUGUCCUCUAAAAACCACUAACAUGCUGGACUAUUAAUAUGUAGUGUUGUUGAAGACAUUGUGAAUGUUGCCCUGUUGAGCUUGAAAAUGAUUGCAGACAUUUAGUGAAAUGAAAAUUGUUGGCAUUAUAUAGUUAGAUAUUUAGGUGCAUUUCAUAAUAGAACGAGUGAACAGAUUUUGAUUAAUUCUCUGUUUCAGAACUCACACAAAAUUUUAAGAGUAAAAUAAUAGUGGUAGUUAUAUGAAACAUGCCUGUCUUGUGUAACAGUUUGUCAUCUGUUUUAAUUCUGGAGGAAAUUACUUUUUAGUGUAUAUUUUGACAGUCGUGUGAUAAAGUAACAAGAAAUUAUGAUGCGUCUUUUAUUUCCAUACUGUAUAGUGAAAUUUUUGUUUCAUAAGUCAGAAGAAUUACCAUAAGACUUGCUGUACAUUCACACUGUAAGAUGUGAUCAGAUUUUGGGCAGCAUUAUCCAGAAAAGAGGUAUGUCUUAUGCUCUCUAAAAUAUGGUAGUGAAAAUGUUAUUCCAAAAACUCCGUGCGGUAGUUUAAAUCAGUUUUUUCUGCUUUAAUUGAAAUUACUGCUGGUUGUUUUGUUUGUUUUAGAUAGUAAAUGUUAUAAUUAAAGGAAAACUGCAUAGUUAAAAAAGUCUGUAUCUUAUGCUGAUCAACUGACCACUAAAUGUUUGCAUUCAUGACAUGGAUAAAGACAACUGCUACUAUUAUUAGUAGCUUUUGGAAGUAUCUUAUAUAUAAUGUAUAAAAUUGUGAAAAUUGUGUGGUCAUGCAUUGUCAUGCUUCAGAAGUGAAGUUAAGGAGCUUACUGUAUGCUGUUAUUGGUAUUCCAGCGUAAGUAAUUGGCUGCUGGAUUGUUGUGUUGUGUGAUAUUAGUUUGGAGCAGCAACAUUUAAUAGAGGUAAUACUGUCAGCUAAUAAGUUGUUGUGGAGUUUUUUUCCUCUCCUCCCCCACCCCAACCUUUAGAAUCUGCAAAUGAACGUCAGUAAUAUUAGGUGGAUUUAUUACAACCUAAGGGUUUUGUGUCAGAUAUUGAUGUACAACCACGUGGCCACUGAAGCUGUUAAAGUUCAUUAAUUGAGAAACAAAUGUGACAUAAUUCAAAGUUUUAACCUUUUAGACUCUAGGUCUUAGGGAUACAUAUAUAUAACCUGAAGUAAAAAGGUGAAGUUAACUAAUUAAGCACUAUGCCAUGAAGACAUGUGGGAGAGUGGAUGUAUAAAUCCACGUUUU